CUUGGUUGAUAUUUCAAAAAGCCAAGCCUUCAACGGAUAUUCAUUAUUGCAUCGCUGACUGUGAGAAGCAAAGUGUCGUUACUUCAAUCUCUUUGCGUUUAGUAAGCAAUACAUUUCCUUCAAUUUUAUCAAAAUGGUGAGUUAUUAUUAGUUAAGUUUUAGUAAGCUAUAUUGUGACAUCUAUAAUUUGAAACGUGCAUUUGUAUGAAAUCUUUUCGAUACGUACGCUUUAAUAUAAUUAUAGACAUACGGUUGCUAGUCUUUGCCCAUAAGUAAACUAAACUUUAAGCAUCCCAGUAUCGCUUGUGUUCUAAAAUACGGCUAUAAUUUCUUUACAGCGUGAGUGUAUUUCAGUUCAUGUCGGCCAAGCCGGAGUCCAAAUGGGCAACGCGUGUUGGGAACUUUACUGCUUGGAACACGGAAUUCAGCCUGAUGGCCAAAUGCCUAGCGAUAAAACUAUCGGUGGUGGAGAUGACUCCUUCAAUACAUUUUUCAGCGAAACUGGCGCUGGAAAACAUGUUCCCAGAGCCGUGUUUGUCGAUUUAGAACCAACUGUUGUAGGUGAGCGUCGCAGAAAUAAUUAUCCAAUCUGGAUGAUUUUGUCUGUUGUGUAGUAUACAGAUUACAAUACAAAAAUUAUACAAGAGUAGAUUAUUUUAUAUUAACCUUAACUCGUUUCAAAGCUUGAUUUGACAAUAUUUUAUUUCGUUUCUAGAUGAGGUCCGAACUGGCACGUAUCGUCAAUUGUUCCAUCCUGAACAGCUGAUCACUGGCAAGGAAGAUGCCGCCAACAAUUACGCUCGUGGCCAUUAUACUGUUGGAAAAGAACUCAUCGAUCUUGUGCUAGACAGAAUACGCAAGCUGGUAAGACAUUUUUAACUUCGAUUUUCCAGUACUUUUUUCUUGUGAAAUUUAAGUGCGAAUCUUUGAGCAGAAUUUUAAAUUUGCUACAUUUGGCUUCGAAAUAAAUAUGGCGCCUAAAAUUUUUAACACGCUUACUUCCUUUCCGCCAUUUUUUUUGCCUUCACAUGACAUUGUGCUCUCUUUGUUUCUUAUUUUUGCAUUUGGGCUCUCUUUGUUUCUUAUUUUUACAAUUGGGGCUCUCAAUUGCGAAAUUCGAUUAGCUAGGCUUGAUAGCUCAAAUAAAACCUUUUGUUUUGUUUUUCCUUGGUUUCCAUAGUAUCCUGUUCAAUCAUGAGUAGGUAUUAAAAAUAGACAUUUGAAUGUCAUUAAUAUUUAAUUUAACCACAAUAACCUGCAGUAUUUCCCAAUGCUUGGAAUUGCACAUCCUUUCUUUUGUCUUUGUUGUUUCCUGACAAGUUAUCAUAUGUCAAUAUUUCUGAAUGAAUUCUGAAAUAAAACUGUUUCUGAAAUAUUUUAUGAAAUAUAAUACAAAUCCCCACUUUUGUAAUAUUACUUAUUAAUUUUAAACAAAUUAAUAGUUAUCUUCAUCUGGCAGCUGUCCCACAUUUACAAGGAAGGCAUUUAUUAGUAGAUUAUUCAAGCUUUGAAACAUUUCCCGAAGCUUGAAGUUUUAAAUGGUCAGGAAGCAAUUUCUGUACAUGUAAAUUGAGAAGCAUUCAUUUGGCACAAUGACAUUGCUCCUUCAAUGUGUUUAACUGAUGUGUCCUGUGCAUGUUCCAUGCUUUUUUCAAUUGGGAGUGGAGUGCCACCAAUAACAUCAUACCAAACAAGAAAAUAUGCAUCUUUGCUAACAAAUAAUUUGGUCUGGCUGAUCAAUAAUAUUGGCUGAUGUGAAGUAGAAUGACAACCAUUAAAUUAGGUACAUCUAGUAAUGAAAACCUAGUCUUGCUGCAUUGUCAGACCUGAAUAUUAUGGCUAGAUAUUGCACAAUAUUGUUGGGGAUAAAUUUGCUGUUCGAGAGGAAACGAAAAUGAAGUGCUAUUCGGAUUUCCAGCCAUGUUUACUUCAUAUUUAAUCUAGUCUUUAGAACAAAAUGUAUUCCCGAUAAGCGCUUGUGUAUAAGCAUUCAAUUAUUUGGUUACUGAGUUGUUUUCCUAAUUUCCAGUACACAAACAUAAACUAAUCUAUUAUUGGUUUAUUCCAGAUAAUGUAAACAGCUCCCACACAAAGGAAAUUGGAAAUUAAUCCCCCUUGCAUGAACACCCUACUCUGGAUAUUUUACGAUCAAUCAGAAGUAGAUUCCCUCCGGAAGGCACAAAUUUCCUCCACAUAGGGAGUGUAAAUAAUUUCUGGAGUGGCCCAUUGCUAUGGCUUUGCCAUAUACAGAAUGUCUGGCAAAAAUGUGGUCUUGUCUGGCCAAUUGACAUUGUUACAUUGACAUUGUAUCCAUUGGACCCCCAAAAAAGAGUUGGGCCUCAGUUUGUGUGAUGUACUAGGAUUAAGUGUUCCCAAAGUGGACUGAAUGGGCUUGAAUAUCCCUGUAUAGUAAUUCUAAUAUUUUAUGAGAGGUUAAACUGAAAUAUAAUAAUAAGCAAAAAUGUAAUAUACUGUACUUUUCUAUUAAAGUACAGUAUUUAGAAACUUAGUAUGUUUCAGUGGAUAUGGGACUUGUAAAAUAUUAUUUGCCCAAAUGAAAUGAAACUUUGCCAUUAUAAAAUGCACUUUUUUGUGUUUGUGGAUGUGUAAAGCCCAGGGCAAACUAGGAAACGUUGUGGAAACAUUGUUUCCUACAGUACCAAUGUUUUGCCAUGUUUCCCAGAGUGGGCAAACACUAGGAAACAUUAGUGAGAAACAUAGGGAAACAUCAAAUGUUUCUGAAUUUGGUAGGAAACAUUUUGCUUCCCAGGAAGCAAAUUUUGUUUCCGCAAUAACAUUUCCACGGGUGGGCAUUGGGCAAACAUGGAAACAUUUGAAGAAACAUCAAGAAUCACAAAUGUUUCCGCAACAAUGUUUCCUAGUUUGCCCUUGGCUUAACUUGACAGUUAUACUCCCGUUACUGAUUAAUUGUUCUCCAUGGCUGCAACUUCGAACUGCUAAUUUAUAGUUAUCAAAAGGGGUUGAUCAACUAACUUUAGAAGCAUAACACCUAGAAAUUAAUGCUUGCUUUAUUGAUUUUCCAAUUUCAUUGAGAUUAUGUCCUGUUUUUCUAUUCCAGGCUGAUCAAUGUACUGGUCUUCAAGGAUUCCUUAUUUUCCACUCAUUUGGUGGUGGCACAGGCUCUGGUUUCUCAUCCCUGCUCAUGGAACGUCUUUCUGUCGAUUAUGGCAAGAAAUCUAAACUGGAAUUUUCUGUUUACCCAGCACCACAAAUUUCCACCGCUGUUGUCGAACCCUACAACUCCAUCUUGACCACUCACACGACCUUGGAGCACUCGGAUUGCUGUUUCAUGGUGGACAACGAGGCUAUCUACGAUAUCUGUCGUCGUAAUCUCGACAUUGAACGACCAACCUACACCAACCUCAAUCGUUUGAUUGGACAGAUUGUGUCUUCCAUUACCGCAUCUCUUCGUUUCGACGGCGCUCUUAACGUGGACUUGACGGAAUUCCAGACCAAUCUUGUACCUUACCCACGUAUCCAUUUCCCUCUUGCCACAUAUGCUCCAGUCAUCUCUGCUGAGAAGGCCUACCAUGAGCAGCUUUCCGUUUCUGAAAUUACCAACUCAUGUUUCGAACCAGCCAAUCAGAUGGUGAAGUGUGAUCCACGUCAUGGUAAAUACAUGGCAUGUUGUCUGUUGUACCGUGGUGAUGUUGUUCCAAAAGACGUCAACGCUGCCAUCGCAACCAUCAAGACCAAGCGUACCAUCCAAUUUGUGGAUUGGUGUCCUACUGGCUUCAAAGUUGGUAUCAAUUACCAACCGCCCACAGUGGUACCAGGAGGUGAUCUGGCCAAAGUGCAGCGUGCUGUCUGUAUGUUGAGCAACACUACAGCAAUUGCAGAAGCUUGGGCGCGUCUUGAUCAUAAGUUUGAUUUGAUGUACGCCAAACGUGCUUUCGUCCAUUGGUAUGUUGGUGAAGGAAUGGAAGAAGGGGAGUUCUCCGAAGCCCGUGAAGAUUUGGCUGCUUUGGAAAAAGAUUACGAAGAAGUUGGCGUUGAUAGCGUGGAAGGAGAAGGCGAAGAUGAAGAGGGAGAUGAUGAAUACUAAAAACUCUGUAAAGGGCCACUCGUUUUUCAGUAUUAAAGCAAGUUUUCUGUGAAAUAAUCACUCAUUUUACAAUAAAUGUUAAGUAAUGCUUAUUUGUGUGUUUCAGUGUUUCUAAUGCUUCUCCUCCCCCCCUGGUCGCUUAUUUUUUACCAGCCGCUCAAAAUGGG